GUAGUUUCCAUUUAAAGUCGAUUAUUUUUUUAUUCAUAUUCUAACCAAUGGUGUUUAUGGUGUUUGAUUAGGGCACCUUGUGGUGGUUUGUCAUCCUUGUGGUGAUGAUCAUUGCCUUAAUGGCAAGAAAAGGCAAGGGCAAGGGGAAGGCCAAGGAGACAACCAAAGGCAAGGGAAAAGGGAAAGCCAAGGAGACAACUUCCACUCGGAAGGGUAAAGGAAAGUCUAGCACCUUGGCUAUACGUGAUGAGCCAACUGAUUCGGAUGAAGGCGGGGAGAAUCCGAAUGAAGAGGAAGUUCCAAGACGAAGGGUAAUUAGGAGGCCACGAUCCCAUUCAGCCGGUUUGUUUGGAAAAGUCCCUCCGAAACCAAUCCGUAUCAAUAUUUCAGGAGGACAUAUUGAAGAUGAUCAAGCAAAGAAGACUUUGCUUGCUAUUGUUCGUGAAAGGUGGCCCGUUGGACAUUACACGUUCACCGACAUUGUUGAACAUGAUGGUGAAUGGCUAAAACACGUAGUCGAGGAAUUUAAUUUAUAUUUCAAGCAACAAAAGGGACAAAGCCGGUCCGAAGCAAAAAAUAUAAUUGAGAAGCAUAUCAAGAACACAAUAAAGAGGACGUUGAAUGAGCUCAAGACAAAUAUUGAGCAAAAAUCAAAGGAAAGCGGAAUAUCAAAAUUGAGUUUAAGACCUGGAUAUUGGUCUGAACUUUUUUGGAAGGAUUUAUUAAAUUAUUGGGAAAAGAAUGAGGGGCACUUGCAUAGGUCAUCCGUUGGAUCUACGAACCGCAAGAACGUCGAGCGGUUGCAUAGUGCCGGUGCCCGGUCUUUUAAUAAAGUGAAGGAGGAAAUGAAAAGGAAGGAACGUGGAAAGAAUCCAACUCGCCUUGAAGUAUGGAACCGGACGCAUACAAGGGUUGGAAGUGAUCCUGAGCACCCCGUGUAUACCACGCCUGCUGCAAUGGCCAUAGCGACACGAUAUGCUUCUAUUCUAGAAAGCAGGCCGGUGUCGGUUACACAAACAGGGGAUAGAGACGAGCCCUUGGAAUGGUGGUUGUCAGCAACCGGAGUUCCCGAAGGCAAAAAGCCUAAGAAGGACUACCUUGUUGGAUUCCCCGAGGGAUUCAACAAGAGGCGAAGCCGGUGGAUCUUCCGGUCAGAGACAAGAAGCCGUCAUUCCCGACAAUGUGUACCUCUCGGUCGUGCGCAAUGUGCUCAAUGA